CCUGACGACAUGCUUCUCAAGUGACAAAUUAAGUCCAUGGACCUGCAGAAAUUAAGAUAAUCGAUCUCCAAAUCCUACUCUUCCUAUUUUCGAGCCAUAAACCAGAAGCAUCCACGCUUCUACGUUCCUUUGUCUUCUUCCUCAUAUUAUAUUUUCAUGGCUAGCAGCUCUCUACCUGGAGAUCUCCCCCUGGAACCUACCUCUCCCUUUCUUCUUUAGCUUCUUCACCCUCUAUAAAUUCACAUCUCUCACUGGUCACUCUCACUAUCACUACUCUUUCUCAAACCUCUCACACUUUCAUGGCCAGCCCAGCUUUUUGUUCUGAAUUUUCUUAGCCAAAUCUAUUGCCUUGUUUUCCCUUCAAACUAACCAUGGCUUCAACGAGCAUUUUGUACCCAAAGACAAACUUGAAGCAAAGAAAUCAUUUUCCAACUGAUCAGCACAGGCCUAGAAAGCUAAAAGACUUCCUCAAUGACAAUCCAGAUUCGUGCUCCUCAACUGGGUUCAAAUCAUUUCCUAGAGAUUUGAAUUCAAAAGCUGCAUCAACCAGAUUUUCAGCCUUCCAAGCCGUGAUUAACGCCGUCAAGAAACUUCCCUUCACCAGUACCAUCAAAUCCCAGUCUAUUUUCCCAAGAAGCCUGUCUCGGAGACUGUCAAAAAAGAACCGGCGCCCAAGCAAGCCACGUGAAAUCAAAAUUACGGUCAGAGUCAAAGACAUCGUGCGGUGGGCAUCGUUCCGGGACUUGCUGGAGGAGAAAUCUCGGUCCUUGGAUAUCGCUUCUUCCCCUCAUCACUGCACCACGACCACGGGUUCCACCCCUACCACUUGUAGCAGCAAUGGCUCAAGUUGGUGCGAAAGUGACUUCACCUCGGAGUAUUUACCGUCCUGGGGCAGUAAUUCUCAGGAGUGCGGUGAAACCGAGGUUCAUGUUGGUAAAACACAUUUACCACGUGUCGGCAGGGAUUACGUGGAGGCGACAACAGGGGCAAAGGUUUACGCUGCAGUGGGCCCCGAGGUCUUUGUCUUUCUUCCGGUGAAGACAACAACGUGCGAUGAGAAAGAACAGCAAAGCCCAGUUUCAGUGCUUGAUUUUCAUGUUGGAGAGAACGUGGAGCCAUUCUCUUCUUUUACCCGAAGCCUUGCCACCAUUCAAAGGGCAAGACAAAAUCUUAUGCAAAAGAUCCAGCGGUUUGAGAAUCUGGAGCCUUUCGACCUGGAGGAAUGGAUGUCAAUGGAAGAAAAUACUAGAUUUGAAGAAGAAUAUGAGGAAGAAGAAGAAGAAGAAGAAGAAGAAGAAAAUGAGAUUGAAAAGAAAGUGAGGGAGCUGUUGAAUCCUAUCAAAGCAACGAGUUCAGUAGAUAUUGGCAAGGCCAAGGCGGAAAAACUAUUGUUUGAUUUCUUUAGUGAUGAAUUGAGUAGCAAGAGAUGCCAUGAUGAUGAUGAUGAUGAGUUCAAUUGCCAGAUGGUAAGCAUGGCAAAAGCAUGGAUGAAGGGGGAACAUAAUGGGUUACAUGAAUGGGGGGUAGAGCAUAAGAGGGAGGCUUAUGUUAGUGAAAUGGAUAGGAGAGAGAGGUGGAGCAGCUUUGAGGAGGAGCAACAGGAGAUAGCUUUGGAAAUUGAGACUCGGAUUUUAGGGUGCUUGGUGGACGAGGUUCUAGCUGAUUUCUUCUGACGCCGUUAAAUGCUGUGAAAUUAAUCUAGACUAUAAAAUAGUUUCUCUCUGAGAGGAUCGAGUUCUAGCUUUGUCUUUUAGGGCAUUUGAAUUUUGGCAUGGGAGGAUUGGGAGAAGAAACUCUUGUGAGGCAUAACUCAUGCACAUUUUUGUAGGGUCUCUGAUGCUAGACAUUUGUGAAAAAAUAAGGAAGGGCAGCUCUUUUAGACAUGUUUUAAAUGACCAGCAAAAUGCUUAAUAUGACUGUAAUUGUGAAAA